AUGCGAGGCGAGGAAGAUGAAAUCAUAAUGUGUGUCGGCGAGGAAGCUGUUCGUCGAUGGGCCCAUGCUGAAAAACUGUCGAAAUUGACGACCGAAGCAUUAAUUAAUAUGGGCUAUGACAGCAUGGAAGCCCUGUCUCUGCUGACUGCCGACGAUCUACAGGAGGCUGACAUUCCUGUCGGCCAAAGACGGCUCCUAAUGCACUCUAUUAAAGGCACGUUCCCCCUAGGCCCGGCUGCCUCAGCGUCAGAGGAAAUUCGCCCAACACCUACGACGGAGCCAGUUCUCGUCAGACCGCCGCAGUCAGGCACGGAUUCCGAUACACAAACGGACAGUUUUAUUAGAAGUGUUUUGGGAAAUUUAACCUCUCAACUUAAUCAUCAGUCCGCUCUUCACCAGGAAGCCACAGCAGCUAUGAACACGCCAAAUACAGGUAUGGUUUCAUGGCAAGACCCCCAGUUCUAUUUAAAGGCCUUAUCUUCAAACUCUGGCCCCUCUGCUCAUUUUGAUAUAGUAGAUUUUGUGGAUAAUGCGUCCUUAUUGCAAACAGAGAGGGUGUUAUCUAACAAUGAGGACGGUCAGCUCAUUUUUAAAUCUGGCCCUACUAAACCAAAAUUAGAAAAUCUCCACAUUUCUCAGUGGUCCGUUGCAAAUUUGGCCAUCCUCCAAAAACUGUUGGGUGAAAAUCUGCUUGCUCAAAGCCAGAUUUUAGACUAUCUUUCAUAUACGACAAGAAUUUAUCAACUUUUGUCAAGCCAUGACACUCGGUCAGUUUUCUUUUAUGACCGUGAAUACAGAAAGCUCCAAAACUUGCAUAAAUUCAGAUGGGGGACAGAUAUCCCCCACAUUCAGACAGUUUAUCUAAAGCCACGUCUGCCUCAGACCCAGUCAUCCCAAAAGCCUUCUACAAAAUUUCAGCCUUUUGCAUCUCAGGGGCACAGGGCCUCUCACACCCCACAAGGUAUAGAGAUAUGUAGGAAAUUUAAUUCAAGAAAGGGCUGUAUGGUGCGUCAGUGUAGAUUUUCCCACACCUGCUCUAGUCCAGGGUGUUCAGAGCGUCAUCCAGCUUAUGAGCAUCCUACAAAAAACGCAUAG